UCGCAACUCCCAGAUAACCACGGCUAUAAAGGGGUCACGGGGCCGGCCUGGCCGCAGUGACCGGACAACCGGACAGGGCAGGGGACAGCGGCGAGCGGCCCCCUCUGAGAGCCGCCACCACCACCAUGCCCCGGGUUCUGCUCUUCCUCCCUCUCCUCCUCCUCCUCAGCCGUGCCAUGGCUGUGUCCAUCAUCGCCCCAGGGCUGGCUGAUGGUGACCGGGCGCUGCUGGCCGAGCUGGCGGGGCUGGCCGAGCCCAUCCCGCCGCGGGCACCGGGGGUACCGUGCCAGACCCUUCACCCCGACACCCUCCCCGGCUUCUCCCGGCUGCCACAGCUGCCCCGUGGGCUGGCCCGUGCUGCCAUCACCCUGGCACUGCUCAAGGCCGGCUGUGCCCCCCAGGCUGAUGCCGAGGCGCUGGAGCUGGCACGGGAGCUGGGCACCACCACGGCCGCGGCGCUGCUGCGGGGGCUGGCGCGGCUACCGGGCGCUCCGGCCCCGCGGCCGCUGGCCCUGCUGCUCCUCAGCCUGGCGCUGAGCCCGGGGGGCUCUGCCUGUGCGGAUCCCCCCACGCCGGGCACGGAGCCCACGCCAGCCCCGAGCCGGGACAGCCGGGAUUUCCCGCGGGUCUGGCCGUGCCGCGGCGCCGUGCGGCGGCGGCGGCGCCGGGAGGAUGAGGAUGCCUGCAGCCCGGCGGGGGAACGGGAAGCGCACCGGGUGCUGGACUGGGUACCGGGAGUCAGCAUCUUCUACAACCUCGGCACCAGCGUCUACUUCGCCUUCCAGGGCUGCGAGGCCACGGCGUCCACGCGGGCGCUGGAGGCCGCCGAGGAUCUGGGCUACGCCGGGCUGGCGGCGCUCACCGGGGGCUUGGCGGGCCCGGUGGCCAUGGGGGUGCAGCUGGGGCUGCAGCCGGGGCUCAAGGCCGGCGUGCGGGCGCUCAUCGGGUAUUUCACCUCGGCCGGGGAGCCCUCGCCCGUGCCCACCGCGCACAGCGGCGCCGUGGUCAUCGUCUGAAUAAAGGGCACGUGUGGCA